AUGAGCGCGUUGGUAGCGGCGGCUGUGGCGGUGUGCUGGCUGGCGGCGGGGGCGAGCUGCGAGCAGGCGGGCGGGGCGGGCGAGGUGGGCGACUCGCCGCUGGCCGCGGGCCUGAGGGUGGCCGCGGCCGCCUACCGCCAGUGCCGCAGCGGCGGCCACCUGCUCGCCUGCCUGCAGCUCAAGGCGCUCAAGGCCGCCGACCGGGCGCUCGCGGCGGACCGGGUGCCGCUGCUGGAAGGGGUGGAGCUGGUGAGGACGGGCGCCGGCAGGGGGCUGCAGGGCGAGGGGGCGACCCCGCUGGACGAGGAGCGGCUGUGGGGGCAGCCGGGCCGGCUGGGGGCGCUGCUGGUCGACCGCGCCGCCAGUCUCCUCGACUCGCACGCCCUCAGGAUCCACGUGCCGCGACUACUGCAGUUGGACGACGUGUCCGAGAACGAGGUCGAUGAAGGUCGCAAGAAGAAGAAGAACAAGAUGAUGGGCGGCCUGCUGAUGAUGAUGGGCAUGAUGAAGGCGGGCAUGAUGGCGCUGGGCAUGAAGGCGGUGGCAUUGCUGGCGGGCAAGGCCCUGAUCGUCGCCAAGGUCGCGCUCGUGCUGGCGGCCGUGCUGGGCAUCAGCAAGCUGGUCGGCGGCGGCGGCGGCGGGGGCGGCGGGGGCGGCACCACCUACGAGGUCGUCAGCCACCCCCACGUCUCGCACGCGCACACCUACUCGUCCAGCCACGACCUCCACGACGCCCACGGCGGCGGCGGCGGGGGCGGCGGCGGCGGCGGCGGACACUUCGAGAGCAGCGGGGGCGGGGGAGGCGGCGGGGGCGGCCACUGGGGCAGGAGCCUCGGGGGCGGCGACCCGCACCCCUUAGCGUACCGGGGGCACGCGGGGGCGGCCGGUGGCGCCGCCUCCAAAUCGAUGACCUGA